AUGGCUUUGAAAAGAGGAGUUAUCAUAGCUUUCAUGGUUUCUUUAAUGGCUAUUUUUGGAGCCUGUUCUGGUGCUGUUUACAGGGUUGGUGACACUGCUGGAUGGAUUGCCACAGGCGCUGUUGAUUACAACAAGUGGGCUUCUACCAAAACCUUCCAUGUCGGUGACACCAUUGUUUUUGAUUACAACACACAAUUUCACAAUGUGAAGCAAGUGAGGCACCAAGAUUUCCAGACCUGCAAUGUCACAUCUCCUAUGGCCACUUACUCCAGCGGCAGCGACUCGAUCACCCUGAAGAGGUCUAGCCAUCUCUACUUCACCUGUGGCUUCCCUGGCCACUGCCAAGCAGGCCAAAAGGUCGACAUCAGGGUUCUUCCAGCUUCUAUCGCCCUUACCGGAAGCCCAACCUCAAGCCCAAGCCCAAGCCCAAAUGAUCUUGCUUUUGGUUUUGGGUUACCCUCCAUCACAACACCCUCUUCUCCAGCCCAAAAUAGCGCUGCCAGGCCCGCUAUAUCUACUCUCUUCUAUUCCUCACUCGGGUCGUUACUUUUGGUCGCUCUUGGAUUAUGGAUGGCUGGGUUUGAACAGUAG